ACAUGUGAGAUAUGAUGAACUGAGAAGGUGGACACAAAGGAGGAACAUUAUUGUGACGUGGUGACCUUAAACUCCCACUUGACUCUGAGAUACAUCAGUAUCAAAGUAUUUUGUGUCAGACUACCAGGUUGUAUCUUACAAGACACUAUAUCUUCAGUACUUCAAGAAACACCAGUGUAAGACUACCAGGCUGUAUCUUACAAGACACUAUAUCUUCAGUACUUCAAGAAGCACCAGUGUAAGACUACCAAGUUGUAUCUUACAAGACACUAUAUCUUCAGUACUUCAAGAAGGGCAACACAUGUUUUUCUUAUGAAUUUUUAACUGGUCAGGUAUUAGUAAUUAAAGAAUUUUGCUUUUGAUAUUGCAAUCUCUAUCUAGAAAUUGCAUGGCAGUUAAUAGAAAAAUACAUUAAUAAUAUUGUUGUUAAAAAUUAAAAAAAAAAAAAAAAAAAAAAAAAAUUAAACUCGAUAGAAAAAUAAUGAAAAUGUUCUUCAGUGUAUCUUCAGUGUUUUAGUACAUAUAUGUUUGUGUUUAACACAAAACAAACAAAAUUAUUGUAGUUUUUUAAAACACAUGAAAUAAACUUUAUCAGUGAUCCUAGGUAGAAAUAGUUUUGCCUAAAACACAUCUAAACAUUGUAAUAUAUUCAUGAGCAUAAAUAUAUGUCUAGUGCACAAAAUAUUUUACCAAAAAAUAAAUCUUGAAAUACACAUGAGAGUACACAAUAUUAACUAUACCGCUUUUGAGUGAAUAAAAUAUUUUAAAAUGGAAAUAUCUUUAAAAAAUAUGAAAAAACAUGAAGGAGAUAAACCAUUUCAGUGUUCAGAGUGUCUGAAAUAUUUUAGUAAAAACUGCAAUCUUGUGACACACAUGAGAAUACAUACAGGAGAUAAACCAUUUCAGUGUUCCGAGUGUCGGAAAUGUUUUAGUGUAAAAGGCAGUCUUGUGAGACAUAUGCUAGUGCAUACAGAAGAAAAACCUUUUCAAUGUUCAGAGUGUGUUAAAUGUUUUUGUCAAAAAGUCAGUCUUGUGACACAUAUGCGAGUACAUACAGGAGAUAAACCAUUUCAGUGUUCAAAGUGUCUGAAAGGUUUUAGUGUAAAAGACAGCCUUGUGAGACAUAUGCUAGUACAUACAGGAGAUAAACCAUUUCGAUGUUCAGAGUGCCUGAAAGGUUUUAGUCAAAAAGAUAGUCUUGUGACACAUAUGAGAGUACAUGCAGGAGAUAAACCAUUUCAGUGUUCAAAGUGUCCGAAAUGUUUUAGUGUAAAACGCAGUCUUGUGAGACAUAUGAGAGUACAUACAGGAGAUAAACCAUUUCAAUGUUCAGAAUGUCUGAAAGGUUUUAGUCAAAAAGGCAAUCUUGUGAAACAUAUGCGACUACAUACAGGAGAUAAAACAUUUCAGUGUUCAGAGUGUCUGAAAUGUUUUACUGAGAAAUAUAGUCUUUUAAUGCACAUGAGAGUUCAUACAGGAUAUAAACCAUUUCAGUGUUCAGAGUGUCAGAAAUGUUUUAGUGUAAAAGACAGUCUUGUGAAACAUAUGCUAGUACAUACAGGAGAUAAACCAUUUCAAUGUUCAGAGUGUCUGAAAUGUUUUAGUGUAAAAGGCCGUCUUGUGAAGCAUAUGCGAGUACAUGCAGGAGAUAAACCAUUUCAAUGUUCAGAGUGUCUGAAAGGUUUUAAUGUAAAAGGCAGUCUUGUGAGACAUAUGAGAGUACAUACAGGAGAUAAACCAUUUCAAUGUUCAAAGUGCUUGAAACAUUUUAGUGAAAAAGGCAAUCUUGUGCAACAUAUGCGAGUACAUACAAAGAUGAAACAUGUUAGUGUUUAAUGGAUUGGUGGCUCAUAGCUAAAAUUACUGGAGGUGCUUCUUCAGAAAACUUUUAGCCAGUUUUAAUUUCGUGUAAAAUGAAACGAGCAUAUGAAAAGAAAAUUUAUACUUAAGCUUGACAAAAUCAUAAACAAAAAUAAAUAAAAUAGCUGGAAGCAUGAUAAUCAUCUAAUUCUACACUUUAUCACAUUCAAAAAUAUGGUACAUGAUUUUUAAGAACAACACACGUCGUUGAGUCAAAAAGAAACGCUACCUUACACUUGUACAACUGUCGUAGGGGUUUGCCAAGGAGAUGUAGGUGAAAAAAUACACACAUAGGAUGUUCUAGGUGUAUUAUGUGAGAGUCUUGAGGGGUAAAGCCCAGAGCCUGCCUGUGUGUGUCUGCUAUGCCGCCUUUACUGAACUCGCUCACUCAUUGACCACUGCCCAGGAGCCCAGUGGUUCAAAGGGACUCGUGACAUCACAUAGCCAGUGACUCACAUACUGGUUUUAAUGAAGUCACAUAGUCAGGGAGGGAGUGACUCAUGUAACGGUUUUAACUAGGUACAGUGGAACCUCAAAUUUUGAACUUAAUCCAUUCCAGGAGCUAGUUCUAAAGUUGAAAAGUUUGAAAGGGAAAGCAAUAUUUCCCAUAACAAGUAAUGGAAAUACAAUUAAUCCGUUCCAGAAACCCAAAUAUAUACACAAAAAAAUACAUUUUAUAGAUUGUAUUACAUUAUAGUUUUACAUACACACAACAAAUAUAGUGUACAGUUAUUAAUAA